UGUGAGAGUCAGCAGAUACUUUGAACACGCCAGCCUGACAUUUUCAGCGAGUCCGCUGACCCACAGAGACGUAAUCUGGCUCGUCAAUGUGCCUUCACUUCCACCUCUUGAGUAAUUCCUCGGUUUAACCCUAAAUUACACGAUGGAAUCAGGUUCACAACGGACUCCAAGCAAAGGAUUUGUGACAAGAAACAGCGCUGUUGACGGCUUCGCCGGCUCUGUGGGAAACACCCCAUUGAUCUAUCUUAAGACACUCUCAGAGCAGACAGGAUGCAAAAUAUACGGAAAGGCCGAAUUCCAAAACCCCGGAGGCAGUGUUAAAGAUCGUGCUGCUGUCAGCAUAAUUCGAGAUGCGGAAGAGAAGGGUCGCAUAAAACCCGGUGGAACCGUCGUAGAGGGUACUGCAGGUAAUACUGGUAUCGGCCUUGCCCAUGUUUGCAGAGCCAGGGGCUACAGGUGUGUCAUAUUCAUGCCUAACAAUCAGAGCCAAGAGAAGAUUGACCUUCUCCGAAUGCUCGGUGCCGAAGUGCACCCAGUACCCACCGUUCCCUACGAGAAUCCGUUGAACUAUAACCACCAGGCGAAGGAGUACGCCGAAAAGCUCGAGAAUGCCAUAUGGACAGACCAAUUCGACAAUACUGCCAAUGCCUACGCGCACUAUAUCUCGACUGGGCCCGAAAUAUGGGAACAGACGCAGGGUGAAAUCGACGGUUUCGUUUGUGCAACCGGUACUGGUGGCACUCUGGCUGGAGUUGGCAAGUAUCUGAAGGAAAGGAGCAACGGCAGGACGCAGAUAUGGCUCGCCGAUCCGCCUGGCAGUGUCUUGUACGAAUAUGUUACUUCUGGUGGAAAUCUCGUCGAGCGUUCCGGAAGUUCUGUCACAGAAGGUGUUGGUCAGGGCCGUGUUACGAGUAAUUUGGGCACUUUUGUCAAUGACCUGACAGGAGCGUUUCACAUACCGGACGAGAAGGCGAUAUCUAUGGUAUAUCAGCUUCUUGACACCGAAGGCUUGUAUGUAGGCACUUCCUCAGCAUUGAAUGUCGCUGCAGCUGUGGAGCUUGCGCAAAAGCUAGGCAAGGGCUCCAAGGUUGUGACUAUACUAUGCGAUGGCGCAUACCGAUACCAGAGCCGUUUGUUUUCCAAGAAAUGGCUUGAGUCUAAAGGGUUAGGGCAUGCUAUACCAGAAAGUCUGAGGAAGUAUGCGGUUCUGGAUUAAUUUCAUUCGUCGUGCACACCGGUGUAUAUUAUUUGAAGGUUACCGACUACGCCUAACUCUAACGUGGUGGCGGCCAUUCCUGAAUGAUUGAUGAGCUCUGGACAAGCAAUGUUCCCCCCAAGUCCAGGCGACCUGAAUUCCUU